AUGAAAAGAGGAAGUAAUUGUAAGAAAGGGAAGACUGAUAUAACUGAUUUUUUUCAAACAAAAAAAACAACCCAACCCCAAACAAUUUCUAGUAAUGAAGUAUGGGAACAUCCUUUAUUUAAAUACUUAACUGAUCCAGGAUGGAGACAAGUUUUAGAACCUGUAUUUAAGAAGUAUGUUAAUAAUAAAGAAAUAUUAAAUAUAGCUGCAAUAUACGAAAAAGAAAAUAUUUAUCCACCAAAAGAGUUAAUUUUCAAUGCCUUUAAUGUUACACCAUUCGAACAGGUAAAAGUUGUGAUUAUUGGACAAGACCCUUAUAUUAAAAAAGGUCAAGCUCAUGGAUUAUGUUUUAGUGUAAAUAAAGGAAUUGCUAUACCUCCAUCAUUAAAGACAAUUUAUAAAGAAUUAAAACGAACAAUACCAGAAUUUCAGAUUCCAAAACAUGGGUAUUUAAUGGAAUGGGCAAAACAAGGAGUAUUAAUGCUUAACGCGACAUUAACAGUAAAAGAAGGAAAAUCUAAUUCUCAUGAAAAAUUGUGGAAGAAUUUUACAGACGAUAUUAUCAAUGUUCUUUGCCAAAAGAAAGAAGGUCUUGUCUAUCUUCUUUGGGGAGCUUUUGCACAAAAAAAAGCCAGUGGUGUAGAUUCAACAAAGAAUUGUUGUUUGAAAGCACCACAUCCAUCUCCAUUAGCAAAAGGAGGUUUUGACAAUUGUAAUCAUUUUAUACAAUGUAAUGACUAUCUUAAACAAAUAGGAAAAGAGCCAAUCAAUUGGGUGUUAACACCAUGAAUGAAUUUAGUUAGUGAGUAUUU